UAAUCCAUAUCUGCUUUCAUAUUCAUAUAUUGUCACUCUUACCACACGCUGUGGGAACCGAAAUUCGCACCGUCAAUAUAUCGUAUAAAUAAGGAAAGUAGGAAAAUCCUAAUUUCCUAGAGGUCCCGGGUUUCUGCGGAGCAAAUGACAAGUGACCAAAUAGACGCAGAAAAUAUGAAGAGAUAACAAAACGAAUUUAGAGUAAACAGUAAAUCUUAUUUCGAAUUCGUGUAAGAGCGUUGCGAUCAUUACAAGAGAUUAUAAGAGCUUUAGCCGCAAGUGCUGUCAGCAAGUUAUCUAGCUUUAGCGACCUAAAAUCUUAAACCUAGUUGAGUCGCAGCUCGAUAACAAAAUACGAAAAAGAUGCGGAAACGGUUUUUGAUUGAUUUCGGACUGAACCUUAUUAAAGGCUGCCUACGUACUCCUUUCGAGGAUCAAGCCAAACGUAGUUCAAUUGAUAGAGCUGGACAAGGGAUUGGACUGCCUGCGAGUUCGUCUAGUAAUUGAGUGCCAGUCAUAGAAACCAAACUUGUCGAGAAUAAAGCCUAAGUUUCUAAGUGCAGCGAAUUGUGAGUCUAAAAGAGUUCUCCUCUAUGCCACUCGUCUUGAACCCCUUAUAUACUCCCUCCUACGUUGGUUUACGUCUUCCUAUUUUGCCCUUAAGCCGUCAUAGUAAAAAAAAUGGAGAUAUUCCAUUUUUCUGUCCUUCAUGAUUAUCUGCGGAAACUAUCCAUUUAUCCGCGGAAUUUUAUGUUUAUCUUCCAAGCAUAAAUGAUAGUGCUCAAAUUACCCAGUAUAGCUUACUCUCUCAAAUAAGAGGUACAGCUGUAGUACUUAGGGAUCGAAUCACGAGGAGCUAGGGAACCAAUUAAAUAAAAUCUACUAAUCAAUCCUAGGCAAGGUUGGUUUAUAUGAUAGAAAUAAAAAUAACAAAUCCUAAAAUGAGCAAGGCAGUUGCUCCAACUAACAAUAUGAAGGGUUGUUUAAAUGGGAUAAAGAGUGCUAGACAUAGGGUUUCUAUUCAGGGAUGGAGAUUAUAAUCUCUAUAAAUGCUUUAAUAAGUUGCUUGCAUGAUACUAUAGAUCUCAGCCGCUUAACAUAUGUGAAUGACGGCUUCUAGAUCUGCCUAGGCGCGAACUGAAUAUGACCGCGAGGUCUCAAGGAGGAACUGUCGUUCUUCUCAACGGGAAACAUGCAUCGCUCAAAUGGAUAAUUCAAGAUAAUCUAAGAUCCUAGUGAUCUAUGUUCUAGUUAGCUACUCUAAAACAAGCAUAGGGUACAAUCCAUUUGAUGAGUAUCACAACUUAGCAAUUAUAGCUUGGGGCUAAUCCCACAAACCUAUUUGAACCCUAGAUCUAACAAGUAGACUACUCAGACAUAGCUAAGCAAUUCAUAACAAUAAAUGAAAGAAUUGCAUAGAUAGAAUAAAGUAGAAAUACAAAAGGAGAUGAGAAAUCUCUCCAAUCUCUCUCAAACAAAUAAAACUCUAGUCUCUCUCUCACACUCUCUGCUUGGGUUGUGAAAAGCUUCAAGCUUCAAAGGGUUUCAAAACUUCCCGUCAAAAAGACUUUGCAGGAGUAUUUAAGCAUUUCCAUUAGGUUAAAAACUCGUCAGGGGCAAUCUCGUAAUUUGGUGAAGUCUUGGUGAAGUAGUCGGCUAAACCAUUUCGUCCUCGAUAUCGAUCGACAACACUGAACGUGUAUCGAUCGAUUAUAAUCUUCUAGUACGCGGAUCUUCUCAGCUGCAUCGAUCGACGACUCAGGAUGAGUAUCGAUCGAUUGUAAUCGCAAUGUUGACUUCCGACUUAGUCUUGAAUGGUCAACUCGGGUGUAUCAUCUCUUGUACUCCAAAAUGCUCCAAAAACAUCACUUUCUCAUGAAAUGCUCCUGAAGCUGAAAACAUACCUAACAGGCUAGAAAACAGAUUAAAUAUAUAAUAAAAUACUAGUAUACCAUGGUUAAAAACGGGUAAAAUCCAUGGUAUAUCAAUAAACCGUCAUAGGGCUAAUGGGUUUAAAAAAUCGUAAGCGGGCCUCAAAUCAAGUUUAGGACUCUUUGGGCCGUCUUUUGAUUCGAGACGUUCGUUACGGUUUCUUCGAUAAAGUUAAUUUUCCGCGAUUUUAUCGUAAACCAGACUGAUGACCCCAUUUGAUCAAGAAUCAAGAAAUGGUUAAGCCGUGGUUUGCGGAAGGUUGUAGUGAGGGUAGUCGAGACUGCAUAGUUUAAUUCGUAUUAUCGUUUCGGAAGAUUUUGGAUGCUACGGAAAAACCGUGUGGUACGCAUGUUCGGUCGCUAUAGCGACCGAGCUUGUGUUUGGGCUCGGUCGCUAUAUGCUUGGGCUCGGUCGCUAUUGCGAUCGGGCUUGUGUUUGGGCUCGGUCGCUAUAAUGACCGAGCUUGUGCUUGGGCUAGGUCGCUAUAGCGACCGAGCCAGGCGUUCCUUUGGCUGCUUGCCGAUGAUUGAGUCAAGCCUUUGCCGUUGUUGAUCUUUUGUUGUUUCGAGUGAUCGUGUUUUUUAACGAAGAUACGAUCUAAUCGUAGAGUUCUUCACAAGUAUUCGAUCUUUACGAUUUCUUUCGUAAAGAAAACAAAUACGUAUAUCGAAUGUUUUGAUACUAACUUCGUCGUCAACACGAACCAUUGGAGCUUGUUUCGACGCUGCGGACAAAUGUUUUCAAGAAUUUUAUCGUAAAAAUUGGUUUAAGUAAUUUUUACGAGAAUUAUCUCUUCGAGAAAUAUUUUCGAACGUUAAUUUCGUUGUGACCGUUUUUGACCCCAACACACGCGAUUUGGAUUUCAUAGUGGUCCGGUGAUGAAGCUGUACUUAUGGGACAAGGCUGCAGCAGACUUUGGCGCAAGAUUUAAAGCAUCUGAAGGAUCUGCAAGAGUUAUUUUAGUCACCACCUUAAACCGAAAACGAUUUGGAAGUUUGUAAUAUCAGCUUUUUCCUAUUGUUUUAAGAAGUUACAUAGGAUGGUCAAGGAAUCUUAUCUGGUUAGGUUAGGUUUGCGUAAAAGAACUGCAUUGGGAUGAGUUUGGAGCUUAUUAGCUAUGCGACAUUUGAAAAUUCUGUGAAGAACUAAGAGCUGAAUAAACUCAGUAGGUUCUGAAAUAACAAAUAUUAGAGAUAUACAUAACUCUACAUCUCAUAUUACAUUAUAGUUUUGCUUCUGAAUUAUAAAAUUGGAUCUGUUAUAGCUGCUUUGGGUCUCUCUUCCAUGACGUCAUCACGUAUGUUUAUGGACAGUGAUGUUCAAGCAACCCGAGAUUAUCUCACUUGGUUGGACUCAAAUUUAGCUGUUGCUAACAGAGUUGAUGCGUCUGUUGUCACUAAGACUGAGACAAUGACCAUAGGCGAGCUAUUUUCUUACAUGAAGGAGGCGGAUGCCAAGGUUGCUUGGUUUGAGUGCGUAGCAACCAUUGGUGAUGUUGUGCACGGUUCAGGAUGGUAUUACAUAGGCAGUGGCGGAUGCCACACUAAGGCAAUCAGAGCCCUUAUGUGUAAAAAAUGUGGGAAAAGCGAUAUUGUUGGUGUUGCACAGCGUUCUUUGUGCUCCUUGGUGAUGAUGGUCAAGAGUUGACGGGAAAGAAAGCUUAUGAGUUGUUGAGAGUUAUUUUGAGGCCAAAUGAGGAUGUAGGACCUGAUCACUUAGUUCUGGUGCCUGAGGCUCUGAUUAAUACCAUAGGACAGACUCGCAAGUUCAUUGUGAAAAUAUCAGAUUAUAAUUUGACUGGCAAGAACCAGGAUUUGACUGUGACAAAGGUGCUCACACCAGAAGAUCCUGAACUUAAAAGCAAUAUAGAGGAAAAUGUGUUUAUACCAGACGCCCAUGAAGUUUUGCAUAAGGGAGUUGCUGAGAGUGGUCCUUCCACAGGCUUUGAAGAACCUGAUGGUGAGAGGGGGAAAAGGGCUGCUGCUAUUGUUGAGACAAAAGAGCCCAAACGAGCCAAAUGUGGCUAAGAUAUGUUUAAGUGAUGGUUUUCUGGUUACUAAAACUCUGCUUUGUUUCUUUUCAAUUUCAGACUUUAUCUUUGAAACAAUGAGCUAUCUUUCUUAAAAUUUCUGAUGGUUAUACUUAUGUUUAAUGGUUUUUCUUCAAGUUCAUGUUUGAUCA